AUGACCAAACAAUCCGCUCAACAAGCGCAACAGCCCGAGAUUCUGGGGACGGAAGAGUACAAGACGGACGCCAAAUGGUUGAAGCUUGAGAAGAUCAAUUGGAAAGACCAAGAUGGGAAAGAGAGAGCUUGGGAAGUUGCCAACAGGUCCACCAGGCCCAAGGGCGGAGUAGAUUCGGUACAUAUCCUUGCGCUUCUUCACCACCCCAAUAAGCCGACUUCCACGAUCAUCAUCGAGCAAUACCGCCCUCCUGUGGCAUCUGCCGUCAUCGAGCUUCCUGCCGGUUUAAUUGACGAAGGAGAGGACGCUGCCACAUCAGCCCUGCGAGAGCUGCACGAAGAGACAGGUUAUGGUGGUGGGAAACACGGGGGCGAGGCUAAAGUCGCCCAUAUAUCUUCAGUGCUCGCCAAAGAUCCCGGAAUGACGGGGGCAAAUAUGUAUCUGGUGACGAUCGAUGUGCAUCUGAGUGAGAAUGAUCCGGAGCCUGAGCAGCACCUCGACGAUGGCGAGCACAUUGUGAGGAAAGUAGUCCCUCUAAAAUACCUCAUCAGGCAUCUUCAAGACUACGCCAGAAGAGGCUACACAGUCGACACUAUUUUAGCUUCUAUUGCUACCGGCUGGGAGCUCCAUCGUCGCUUCGAGUCUGAAUAG